AUGCCGGCAACCACCCCAACCACGAACGAGACUGGCAACAUGACCGUGUCAGUACUCCGAGAGUUCUCUGUCCGUACCGAUGAAGCGCAAAAACUAAUCGAUACGGUCUGGGCAAUAUACAGAGACUCCAUCACCACCCUCUUGAACCGCUACACCAUAGCGAAGCAGGAGGGCCGACUUGACGACGCGAUCGCACACGGACAAGCCGCCCUCGACAUUAUGGUCGACUGGCGAGGAACAGCCUGGGACCAGGCGAAGAAGCAGAUACAGAACGACAUCGACGAGAUGAAAACGAUGCAAAUCGAUCGGAUCGUCGAGGUUACCGACAAGGACAAGACCGAGGUCAAGACCGAAGAAGAGGGCGACGGAUGGUCCAUAGCGCAGAAGAAGAAGAAAGGGAAGCAGGUGCCCCGUCGCAAAGACCGCGACGAGGUCAGCUCAACGAGAGCGAACGACGGGCACGACGACAAGCCAUUCCCCGCAUCCGAGUCCGGAUGGCCCGCAUCCGCCAAUGAACCGAUGCCAUGGGACACGUGCACACCGCUCGGUUGGUCGCCAUUCCGCGACGAAGAAGAGGCGAAGAAGUACGGCGCGACGACGCAGAAGGUCGCCGGUGUCACCUAUGUGACCUACAGCGACGACGCGGUAAAGAAGCUCGACGCCGACAACUGGCCCAAGCCCGAACCAUACCCCAACGUCAACUGGGAUGAAAAGUUCCCGGCGUACAUCCAUGCGCCCUGGGAAGGAGUCAGGCCCAACGACCCCGAAGCCGACAGGUACUGGGACCUCAUCGCCACCGACCACGAGGGGAAUGUUAUCGACUAUAACGCCACGCGAUGUCGCGCGAACUGUAGUGCUAGUAUAUAG